UUUUAAAUUUUGUCCAUCAGUCUUAAAAAACCUAUAAAGGGCGGCGAUUGAACUGGUUGAAAGUUGAAUACGCAAAAUCAAAGUAUUGUUGAUGAUUAAUGGCUGAUUCUAGAUUAGCAAUCCUUAGUCGACACUUCACUUCAGCAGCAGCAGAUUGUAAGGCUGGCUCUGGCUCUUUUGGUCAAAAUUUGGGGUGGAUUAAGAUAUCCCCGGAGGUUUCAGAAGCAUUAAAACAUGGAACCCCCAUUGUUGCAUUGGAAUCCACUAUAAUAUCUCAUGGAAUGCCGUAUCCUCAGAAUUUCGAGACAGCAAAGGAGUUGGAGGUCAUUGUGAGGGAGAAUGGAGCUGUACCUGCCACUAUCGCUAUUCUGGAUGGCAUACCAUGCAUAGGCUUGACUACAGAAGAACUAGAGAUUCUAGCACGUCUUGGUAGCAAAGCUCGGAAAACUGCUAGUAGAGACAUUGCACUUGUUAUGGCAGGCAGGGAGAAUGGGGCAACUACUGUCUCUGCAACAAUGUAUCUUGCUUCGAAGGUGGGUAUUCCAGUAUUUGUCACUGGCGGUAUUGGAGGAGUACAUAGGCAUGGAGAGAACACAAUGGAUGUUUCUUCUGAUCUUACUGAGCUUGGAAAUACUCCUGUGGCUGUGAUCUCUGCUGGUAUAAAAUCGAUACUAGAUAUUCCUCGAACACUUGAAUAUUUGGAAACUCAAAGAGUUACUGUUGCAGCUUAUAGAACCGAUGAGUUCCCUGCUUUCUUCACACAAACCAGUGGCUGCAAGGCACCUGCUCGAGUAGAAUCGCCAGAACAUUGCGCUCGAGUUAUUGAUGCGAACAUAAGACUUGAGCAGAAGAGUGGAAUCUUGAUAGCAGUCCCCAUUCCAAGAGAGCAUUCUGCUUCUGGAAGUUUGAUUGAGUCGGCAAUACAGCAAGCUCUCCAAGAAGCACGAGAGAAGAAGAUUACUGGCAAUGCUGAAACUCCGUUCUUGCUUGCAAGAGUCAAUGAACUUACUGGUGGAGCAUCUCUGGCUUCAAACAUUGCUCUCGUGAAAAAUAAUGCCAGUAUCGGUGCUAAAAUUGCUGUUUCGCUUGCCCAGCUUCAAAAACGUAGUUACAACAGGUUGUAAUUCUCUUAUAUUCGCGCUCCUUCGUAUCAACUCAGCUAAGCAUUUUAAGCUCGUUGAGUCUGAAGGAAGCAGCGUCUUUGACAUAUGAAGCAGAAAGAGUGUUACUUAUGGAAGUAUGCAACCAAACAAAAAGUUAAUGCAACAUCUUUCCUUUAUAAUCUAGAAUUCUAGUGAUGUGAAUUACUCCCUCCGUUCCCUUAAGAAAUUAGGUAAGUUUAUUAUUGUACCAUUAUUUAGUGUUUUCUUGAAGUCAAGUUUUCAAUAAAUGAACAUAAAUUAAUUUA